UGAGCAGAAAGGUUGUGGUUAUCAUCUGAACCUGUUCUGGGUGGGCAUCCUCAUGGCCGUCUGCUCCUUCAUGGGUUUGCCGUGGUAUGUAGCAGCCACAGUUAUUUCCAUCGCCCACAUCGACUCUCUGAAGAUGGAGAGCGAGUCCAGCGCUCCAGGCGAGGGUGUGCGGGAACAGAGACUCACAGGCAUACUGGUGUUCGUCCUCACUGGAGUCUCUGUCUUCCUCGCACCAAUACUGCAGUACAUCCCUUGUAUGGUGUGUUCCUGUAUAUGGGCGUCGCUUCUCUCCAUGGCAUUCAGGUAAAUCUGUAGUUCAGAUUUAGAUUUAGAUUCAGAUUUUCCAAAAAUGCUGAAAAUUACUCACCC